GCGGAUGGAGUGCGAGCCUCCCACCAGACCACUCUCACCUUCCACCCAGUUUGAGAACAACUUGAGACUUGGACUUCCAUAAGCGGACGACGGCAGCCAACGAGGAAGAUUCCUCAAAUAAUAUCCUACGGGCUGUGGAUCAUGGGGUCUACCAGGCUUGACACUGCUCGACUGCCUAGGCGGUUUGGCAAAUUGCUCAGUGACCUCGGCUAUGAGUGCGAAGAGCGCACGAGGGGCAGUUGCUGGCCACCUGAUACUCUCUGCUGAGACUUUUCCCAGUCUGCUCUGAACAGCAGUAGCUAUGGCGCAAUGCAGGCGGGACGCCCACAUUGUGGCAUCUCAGAGAUACGAUGCUUUCUCCUUUGUGAUUGUGAUUGUGACGACGCUGAGGGCAGGCCAGCAGCAGUGCCCGUUGGAAGACAAGACGACGGAACAAUGCUCAAUUGUCCCUGCUGUUCUCUGGUCCAGCGUCAGGGACGCAUUUGCAAGCAAGGCGCAAGCAAGAUUCAAGAAAGAACGAGACAAACUCCUAUCAUCUUGCUCAAUCCCCCUGUCUUGGGUGUGCUUGCAACGUGCUGAGGAACGACCAGCAAGGAGACGGCGUGACUGUCAACUGAAGAGGACAUCCAAAGACAAUCGCAGGCGUCAAAGUCUCCGUACUCAGCAGGCCAUGGCUUCCCCUGCCAUGCUCAACGCCACUUCCGUUGGCAUUUGGGCCCUGGCCCAGGAAACCCUUUUGGGUCAAACCGCUAACUACACCUCCUCCCAGUGGCUGGAGACCCUACAGUCAACGCUAACCGCCGCAGUUAAGCGGCAGUACCUCCAGAACGACUACUUUGCGGGGGGGGUCGGGCUUAUGCUCAUCGGAGCCUGCGCAGCCAGGGGGAGAUUGUUAGUGACUCACACUUGGAAGUUUCUGACAAAGCGUCGGGGGGUGGUUACGGUCUCGGUAAGUCCAGACGAUGCGGCGUACGUGUGGUUACAGAAGUGGUUAAGCAAACACCUGGGGAAGGAUAGUUCGCAGCUGAACCUGCAGUCCAGGUACGAGAUGCCCACCGCUGACGUCGACGAUGACGACAGCGAGAGUGAGGCGUCGCGUAACCCCUCUGGGGGCGCGGUUCGAGCGGUGUACAAUCUGUUCUUCGUUCCGAAGCUUCAAGAAGCGCAGAAAUUUGAGUACAACAGCGAGGUCGUGACGUUUCAGCUGGAAACUAGAGCGGACGUUCUGAACAAGGGGCAGUCAGGGGACGUGUCGAGUCUUUUCAAGAGUUUGGCGUCGAAGGACGCGCUGAUUAUCACAGCGACAACUAGGGAAACGAUUGAGAAGCUGAUCAAGGAGGCAAUGGCGGGCGCGCUGGCGGCUGUGGAGGAGCGCAAAGUGACCAACGUCAACCGGUGGUCGAUCGAGGAGUGCUACUGGGACUGCAUUGGGACCCGCCCCGUUCGCCCACUGCACUCGGUCGUUCUGGAUGGAGGGAUCAUCGAGACUCUCGUCAAAGACGCACGCACUUUCAUGGCCAGCGCCAAAUGGUACAGCGACCGGGGCGUGCCGCACCGGAGGGGGUAUUUGCUGCACGGCCCCCCUGGCUGCGGCAAGUCGAGCAGCAUCCUGGCCCUGGCCGGGGAGCUUAACCUGGACGUUAACCUGGUGGGUUUGUCCUCCAAGGACAUGACCGACGAGAUGCUGCACAACGCCUUCAGCAGGUGCGAUGCGCGGUCCAUUCUGGUCCUGGAGGACAUCGACGCCGCGUUCGCGCAGCGCGACGGCAAGAGCCCCAACACCCUCUCCUUCUCCGGCCUCCUCAACUGCAUCGACGGCGUCUGCGCGCAGGAGGGUCGCAUUCUGAUCAUGACGACCAAUCAUCUGGACAAGCUGGACCCCGCUUUGACGCGCCCCGGGCGGUGCGACGUACACCUGCGCCUGGGGCUCGCCUCCCGGGCACAAGUUACCACCAUGUACCGCCGAUUCUACCCGGACGCCCCGGAAGAUGACGUCAACGCCUUUGCCGACCGGGUUCCCGAGAGCACUGUUUCCCCGGCCAAGUUGCAGGGCUUCUUUUUGCUCCAUCGAGACGACCGGGAGGCUGCCCUGGCAGACAUUCCCGAGCUCACGGAGGUUGCCCUAGGGGGAUCCCCCGGGGUCGGGAACGGAAAUGGAGCGGAAACGGAACAAAAACCCCCCUGCGACGAUGUCCCAGGGGCUCCAGCGGACUCUGGGGCAGAGAAUGCGGGAAACGGAAACGGUGAGAGCGAUUUAGAGUCGGACGGCGGGUCAGACUCCGGGAGUACUAACCGGUCGGAAAGUGAGAGCUUAGAAAAAGAUGAGGAUUUUUGCGCGCGGGUAGAGACGGAUAGGAUGGAGAAGGCAGAGAAGGUAGAUGCGGCAGCCGUGUUGCUUAGCGAAGUAGAUGCAGGUGCGAAGACCAGGCGGUCGAAAGGGAAGCGCUUGGCGAAGAUGUUCUCGUGUAUGGGGACCUAACGAAACAAUUUGACGCAUUCACAUUUGGCAAGGAUGAGAAAAGUCGUGAACAUCUCGAAAGGAGCGCGCGUCAGGUGAAUGGAGACAUUUGCUUCAGAAGGUCUGUUGUGAUUUGAUUGUUGUAAAGAGACGCCUAGCUAAGAGAUGGAGUCGAGACAUAUUGCGUAUGUCAACCCGAGCAGCAUAUUGAGAGGGGUCGUUACUGAAGCAGGUUGCCUUCGACCCUUUCGAUGAGAAGAUGAGCGGAUUGUUUGGGGGUAGUUGCAAUGUACAUUGAGAUCAACUAAUAAUUCAAAUGUUCCGACAG